UAGCCUGAAAGGUAGCGGCCCACGUGACUAGUGACGUCUCAGCCCAGUAGUAGCAAAAAGAACGUGAGUGAGGAAGCCGCUGCUUGCUGGCUUCCUGUCCUCCAGCUUAAGGAAGCCCGAAAGUUAUUAAUUUUUUUUCAUCCAGUAGACCUAAUCGUGAUGUCUGGCGAACACAAGGAGGGACAGCAGGCUAUGAGCACAUACUCUGUAACCCUCAGUGGCCCAGCACCUUGGGGCUUCAGGCUACAGGGUGGCAAGGACUUCAGCAUGCCCCUCACCGUGUCAAGGCUGACCCCAGGUGGGAAGGCAGCUGAGGCUGGUGUCGGGGUUGGAGACUGGGUGGUGUCCAUUGGUGGAGCACAGGCAGAGGACAUGACCCAUGUAGAGGCACAAAACAAGAUCAGAGCAGCAACACACUCUCUCACCCUCACCCUCAGCAAAGCUUUCAAAGCCGGUGGAGACCAGAAGGACUCGCUCGCUCCAGCUUCUGUUCAGCCAAAGUACUCCUUUGCCCCCAGCACAACCAUUAACAAGAUGGCGAGGCCAUUUACAGCAGGUGGUGUUAAACCCGUGGCCUACUCGCCUAAACAUAACGCCCCGCGCUCACAGGGCCACGCCAGUGCACAGCAGCCACAGAAUGGCCUUCAGCCAACUCCCUUGACUGCCAAGGCAGCAGAUAAACCAGAUGGCUGUAAGACCGCAGCUGGAUCCAGAGGAAGUUCAGGUCCUUCCUCUCGACCACCGUGGGUCACUGACCCUAAUUUCGCCAACCGCUUUCGCCCAGACAAGAGCAGCACUGUGGUGACCCUGCACCAGCAGCUGGCCCAGCCGACGCCCAUGCAAAGCCGUAGCUCCAUCCUGCAGGCAGCACAGCAGCCACCUGAAGUGAGUGGGAGGACCCCGGUGUGUGGCGCCUGCAACAAAAUCAUCAGGGGUCGGUACCUGGUGGCGCUGGGGCGUUCUUGGCACCCGGAGGAGUUCACAUGUUCACAAUGUAAGGCAGUCCUAGAAGAAGGGGGCUUCUUUGAAGAGAGAGGGUCUGUCUACUGUACCAAGUGCUACGAUAACCGAUACGCUCCUAACUGUGCCAAAUGCAAAAAGAAGAUCACAGGGGAAAUCAUGCAUGCCCUGAAGAUGACCUACCAUAUUGAGUGUUUCCAGUGUGCAGCCUGCAAGACUCCCAUCAGGAACCAAGCCUUUUACAUGGAGGAGGGCGAGCCCUACUGUGUGAAAGACUAUGAGAAGAUGUUUGGCACCAAGUGCCACGGCUGUGACUUUAAGAUUGAUGCUGGGGAUCGGUUUCUGGAGGCCUUGGGCUACAGCUGGCACGAUACAUGCUUCGUCUGUGCUCUCUGCCAAAUCAACCUGGAAGGGAAGACGUUCUACUCGAAGAAGGAUAAGCCCCUGUGCAAAGGCCAUGCCUUUGCUCCAGUGUGAGAGCGAGCUUCAUCUUUGGAGGAAGGAACACUUCUUUUUCUCCCAGCUCUUUACCCUUUCCGUCCUCUGGCACUCUCGUACACACUUUACUUUUCUUUGCCAACCACACACCUAGUUAAAGUCGGUCUAUUUUUCUACUCUGCAGACUUUUUCUAUAUUUGGGGCUUGAUGCUAGCGUCACAUGCUGCUCAUUUACCGUGUUUUUAGGAGAGUUCAGAUGUUACUGCCAGUAAUACAAAGUGUGUCCUGUAACUGGAAAUAAUCAAGGGGUUCUUCCAUAUCAUGUUGCUGCCUUGUUGACUUUUAAGUCACUUGUAGAUUGGACAUUAAAAAUGCAGAUGCAGUUUGUCUAGAUUUCAUU